UCGGUCAUUUUCUGUCAGAGGAAUUUUGAGAUAGUUUUCCCACAAAACAUCAUGAUAAGAACAGCUGUCAUCUGCUUGCUGAUUGUGUCUGGUAUUCAAACAAAAGAACUUGAAACUAGUGAGUCUGUAACUGCCAUGGAAGGUAGUUCAGCAGUAUUACAAUGUGCCUCUUCAAAUGAAGGUCUCCAACUGGUAUUAGUUGAAUGGGAGAAGUCCAUUAACAAAACUAAACUUGUUGUGUACCAUGUGUCCACAAACAAAACAACUCUCUAUGGUGAACGAAUAGGAUUGGAAGUUAAGGGACAACGUUCCACAAUCACAAUCAAAGGAGUUCUCACAUCAGACAAAGGCUGGUAUUUCUGCAUACUUCAUACCUAUCCAGCAGGAAAACUAAUGGGCAAAAUAUACCUGGACGUAAAAGAUAAAGAAACGUCUUCUAAUAUGACUGCAUAUAUUAUCACAGGUGUAGUUCUAGCAGUAAUCGCCAUCGGAAUCCUAUUUUUAUUGCUAUGCUAUGUUCACCAGAGGAAGUCUAGAAUCCACUUACCAAACCAGAUCAAUGUAAUACUGCAAAAUACAUCCAGCGCCAAUAACGUGGACACAGCAAGACAACCAAACAAGCCAACAGCAGCCAAUCUUGAUGGGGAGGACACGAGCAGUGACUACUUUACUGUUGCAUUAAGAUCAUCACUUUAAGAUUUCAGUAGAUAGAUUUGCAUACAUGCUUUUGUGUUAAAACUGUCAGCUGAUAUAAUUUCUAAUUGUUUUCAAAAUGUUUUCUGUUCUGCAAUAUUAUUUGUGAUAAUUUAACUGCAGCACUUUUGCAGAUAGAAAUAAGUCUGUUGUGAAAAUGUUCCACCGCCCAUGGAGGUAUUACGAGGUAAUUUCCAGAAUUACCCAGUGAAGUAAGUGUUCAACUGGCAGGGAU